GACGGCGGGGCACCGACGAGCAAGGGGGUGGCGGUCAGUGCGAGCGAGCUUCGCGUCCGAGCAGCACGUAGCCACAUCGCACACGCGCCAUGCUCGAGACGUCCAGGCUGGUCCUCGCGGUCGCCGUGUCGCUGCAGGCGAUCGGCGCCCUGCAGGUGAAAACGUCGCACUUCCCCGACAAGGCGCUCGUCUUCCAAGACCUGUCGUUCGAGAACACUACGCUGUACUACGCGCUCUGCGACCAGUCGAGGCGCCAGGCGCAGAAGCAGUGCACGCUCGUGCGCGAGUCGGUCGGCUUCGACGACGAGACGGGCACGCGCUACUGCGACGUCCAGCUGGCGAGCAGCGCGAGCGACACCGUCAUCGGGGACGGCUUGAUGGUCGUGGCUUUCGGCAGCGAUAAGGCCAUCGUCGUCUGGCUGGAGGAAACCGACGCGUCCGAGUCGGCGAAUCUGGAGCGCAAGGCCCUCUUGCGAAUGAGCAUCGUCCACGUGGCCGGUUGCCGCGUCUUCCAUACCGAGCUCGCCUUUGACGAGGACCAGGUGAACGUUCAGUGGUAUCCCAAUUUCAUGGACGUCAUCACCUUCGAAAGUACCUUCGACGUCUUCGCGAAGAAUCUGCGCGUUUGCGGCCGCGUGUCGCCGAGCGGCCACUGCAUGUUCAGCUUCGACGACGAGGGUAAUCGAGUCGCGGGUCCCGUCGUGCGUUUCGAACCGCUCCCCGAACGGGAUUACUUCGUGUCCGGCGUCGAGCCGAACACUUUCGACGACGGCUACUUGUUGUUCAGCAACGAUGGCAGCAGGCAAAACGUUUAUCUGAUCCGGCCGACAAGCUCGGAAAUGACAAAACUCUGGGAAUCCCCAGCCUUCUACAAGGGCCAAGCGUUGACCAGCUACUCGAUCAUCAACAAAGCGAUAGGCGUGUGCUGCCUUGGCAACUCGAGCAACAACUGGAUAUUCAGCUGCUGGCAGUCGCAAUAUCAAGGCAAACAUUUGCUCCAGACGAAAUUCGAUUUUGAGCCGCAAGCCGACGUGACCGUGCUCAGCACCCUCAUGUACAAUCUGCGCGGCGGCGGUUUCCUGCUGAUGAGCACCGUCUGUCCGUCCGUCGAUUGCUUGGGCGCCGAGAACGUUUACUAUCUGACGAAAAUUGACGCGCACGACGGCGUCGCCGGUACGAUCGAAGUCGAGGGCUACAAGGGCAAGUGCGCCAAAACUGCCGCUCAACUUUUCGAGAAUCAAGCUGGAGACUACUGCCUGGCCGUACUCUGUCCGAGCAGCUCCCACGUCACUGGCCGAUUGGACGUCCUCGCGCAAUGCUACUCCGACGACGAUUUCUCCAAGUAGACGAUCGUUAUCUUGUUGUUUUUGUUUUUUGCUUCUAGACUGCUUCAAACUAUGUUGACCCUUAUUCAACACUCUGGACUUUGAUUCGCCUCAGCGCGACUUAACGUGUAUUCUCCGAGCCCAUGGCCACGGCCAUGGCUAAAGUCCUCAAAACUCGAACAAUUUCCGGAAAAUCUGCAAUAGAUCAAUCGGCCGUCGAGCUAUUUCCAGAUUUUCCAUAGUAUUUUUUUAAAAAAUAAUAAACAAAAUAUAAAUAUAUAAAAUUUAUUUUUUAAAAUCUAGUUGAUCGAAGCUUUGUACCUGACAAACUUAUUAAACUGAAACAAAGUUAUGUUUAAUU